UUUUGGUGGAUCUUUUAUUAACGUAUUCUACAAUAUUUAAAUUUUUUGGAAACAGACGAUUCUUUUAAUGUAAUCUUCGCUUUCUAUUAAAUGACUUCAAUAGUGGCCACGAAAAUAAAUGAAUUCAAAGCUCAUGACAGUCAACUCAGAACAUUAGCUUUGGGUCACGCAUCAGGGAGGGUACUAGCUACUAGCGCUGACGACAAUAAAGUCAAUUUAUGGGCCAUCGGGCAAUCCCAGUGCAUUAUAACAUUAAAUCAAAAUGGCUCUCUCGUUAACGCUUUGCGAUUCGGACACGCUGACGAAUUGAUAUUAACCGGUUGUCUCAAAGGUUUUGUCAACGUAUGGGAUCUUCAUCCCAUACAAACUAUCAGAACGUUUAACGAUUGUAAAUCAUCUGUUACCAGUCUUGACAUGAGCCUCUCUGGUCUGAUAUUAGCAAACGGGGCUUCCAAUGGAAAUAUUAAUGUAUAUGAUAUGCGUUCCGCCACCUGUAUAACUGAAUUAAAACAUUAUGAUAAACGGAUAAAUUGCAUUAGGUUUAGUCCAGAUAAUAAAUGGCUAGCCACCGCUUCAGAUGGCACAUCAAUCAAAAUUUGGGAUUUAUCGACUCGGAAGACGAUAUGCGAACUUAAUGGACAUACCUUACCUAUUAAUAAAAUCGAGUUUCAUCCUACCGAUCUGAUCCUAGCCUCUUCUAGUCUUGACAAGACAAUAAAGUUCUGGGAUUUGGAAAAAUUUGACUUAAUAAAUACAACUCCACCCGAAAAAACCGUUUACAACUCUAUAUUUUUUGACACUAACGGUCACUCUCUCCUCGCCUCUCAUAGGAAUGGACUAAGAAUUUUAAAUUCGGAACCAUUGGAUCAUAUCGAUGAAAUCAAGGUUGAUUGGGGAACUAUUAUCGACAUGGCACUAGCUCAGCAACAAUUAAUCGCCUCAUCUUUUUCCGGCAAAAUGGUGUCUACUUAUGGAAUUGAUUUAAAAAAAUGCAAAACAACCUAUCCAAAAUCCAUGAAUAAAACACGAAAUUUGAACGGUCUUGUCAACAUGGAAUUGCCACCCAUAUCAUCCACGGAUGGCUUAGUAAAGAAAUACUCUACUCUAAAGACGAAUAUAAGACCGAAAAUCCCCACAGGAAUUAUCAAUCCAGGGUGUGGAAACGAUCCUUCUUCCACGGCGAUUACCAACGCCCUUCCUCGAGAUAUAAACGCUGAAAGUGGCCUCGACAAAAAGAGACAACUCUUGAAAUACAGGCGUUCUAUGUCCCAUUUGCAAACUUUAGCUCAAGGAAACGAAUGUUACGCCAAGAAGCAACAAAUUGCAAAUGUUGUUAAUCCAAAUUCUCUUCAGAUAUCGGCAAUUAAUAGUAAUAUUGGAAGAUUAACAAACUCUAAAGCUGGAGUAGUAACAACUCCCGAGGAAGAUUACAAGGAUUACGACAUUUCUGAAAAGGUGAAACGCUUAGCCGAUAUCGUCAAAAAAGGAGCGACAACAUCUAUUACCCGGCAAUUCAAUAAUUCUACCUUUAAUUUAUCUCAAUUAUCAUCGCAUAAUGCACCUCUAAAAUCGUUCAAAGAUCGGCCUCGGUCUAACUACCUCAACUCUUCUACCUUAAACCUAUCUCACGUAUCUCAUGAUAAACCGUUUAAAUCUUUUUUUAACCCCAAUAUCCUUAUUAAAAAGGACCUUUCGAUGGAUAAUAUAUCUUCCAUCAACACGGGCGGUUCUAGUUUAAUUUCUAAACCUAUAAAACCUUUAAAAGAUCAAAAUAAUCUUAUUAAAAAGGACAUAUCUAUAGUCAAUACAACAACGUCAAUCAAUACGAAUUCUUUCAAACUACCAUUAAAAUCGUCAGUUCAUUAUGUAGCUAAACCAAUUAAGACUACUACAAUGUCUUACUUGGAUAAAAGAAGGUAUCAUUCUUUCAAGGAUGUGCAUUGCAAAAGGAAUGAGAUGGGUUAUAAGGAAAAUGUGAAGGUGAACAAAAAUAAGCUCGAACAAGACUCGUCCUCCCCUUCCUCCCCUAUUAACCUGACUGAAGAUCUCUUAUCAAGCUUGGCCGAUAGCAAGGAUCUACAAGCAAUGGAAACAAUUUUCAAACCCCGUAGUAAGGCUGUGCCCAGAACGCCUCCUAUUCCUUCAUCCCCAUCCCACUCCAUCAGAAAUGUAUGUCAAAGCAAUGUUAGUUCUCUCCCAAUCAACAAUAGUAAUAUCUUUCGUAAUUCUUCUAGUGGUUAUAAUUUAACUACCACUUCGCUAACAACUACUAGGCCAAUGGUUAUGAUAAGACCCUCCACUUCGAAAGCCGUGUUUUCCGAUAAAAGUAACGUUAAUUUUCCAUUCAAUAACAUUCUUCAACUAGAUAAAUACGAUGCGGGCAACGCAUCUAUUUGUUCUACUAAUCUCUUUUAUGAGAGUCCGUUGACCAAUGAAAAGACAUUGGUGAAUAAUUUUAUUCAGAACGUUAAUUUGGGGCUUGGAAAUUCGAGUCAUUUAAAUGCCAACGAUUCUAGGGAAAGGCAAGAAAAUGAAUAUCCUUUUCCUAUUGGAAUCAAAAAAGACGUAGCCAAUAAAAUAACAUAUAGGCAGAGCGGAAGUCAUCUGUAUUUAGGACCUGGACAAGAAAGCUCUCCUGAAGAAACCUCAGAGGAAUGCUUUGUGGACAUGAAAUUACUCACCUCCAACUCCUCAAUUUUAAAUGAUAAUUACUUUAAUAAUUCAAAAGAGAAUAUGCUGAAUCUUUUAAGUUCUAAAGAGAUCUCACAAACUAAAUCAUUACUCAAAACUACUGAACGUAGUAACCCAAUUUCAGUCUUCGAGAACUUUAAAAAUGCCAAACAUUUUUUUGGAGGAGAAAACUACAUGACCACAGCAAAAGGCGGGUCUGAUAAUUUAAGUGCUAUUAUAAACAAUGAAUUUGAAUGCAAUAAUAAUUACCCAAUUCAAAAUAUAAGUAGUAUCAAUAAUAUACUUACCGGAGGAAACACGAACGAUAAUUUGACGACUCAUUUGGAAAUGUGUGAAACACUAUCUAGUCGAUUGAGGCACGUUAAAAUGGCGAAAAAUUUCUUUAGAAAUAAUGGCAAUAUCUUGUCGGCCUUAGAUUUGAUAUUCGACACAAACGAGGAGUCUAUUUUUGUUGAUGUUUUGUCUCUACUACUUAAGUGUCCGAACCUCUGGACAUUGGACAUCAGUCUUCAUUUGUUACCUCGCCUUAACGAUUUGCUCAAUCAUAAAUACGAAACAUAUAUGACACUCAGUUGCAAAGCGCUUAAAUUAAUACUAAAGAAUUUCGGUUCUCUCAUAAAAUCAUCUCAAAAUAGAUCCACAGUCAUCAUAGGAGUCGAUCUAAGUAGGGAAGAAAGGUUUAAAAAAUGUCAUUCCUGCUACAAACAUUUGUCAUCAAUAAAAAACCACUUUGAUAAUUCGAUUUUAUUUGGAGGAAAACUGGGAAAAGAAAUUAAGGAUCUUCAAAUCUUACUUCAAACUUUGGACUGAUAAUAUCAACACACAAAAAUAUAAUUUCGUUUUAUGUGAUGGAUCAGAUUAUAGUGUUAAUUAAUUUAAAUUCAUUAUAUGGUGAUAUUUUAUGCAUUGUAGUUUACAACAAAUCAAUAUUAUUUGAUCAAUUGUAAUCAAAUUUAUUUCCGUCCCUUUCAAAAUCAAUAAUAAAUCUUAUUCAUAGGUCAUAUUUCGUUUGUUUUAAAUAAUAUGCCCUCUUAUAAAAAUUAUGUAUUUUCUUUUAAAGU